AUGAUGCGAUUCUGGUGCGGAAAGCUCAAAAUUUCGAAACCCUAUCUAGCGUUGGCAACGCAGAGUGGUAGCCGCUAGUUCAGAUCAGAUGUAGCCUUCUCUCAUCAUCAUCAUAGCCUCACAAGCACGAAGAGCAUCACUCGGCUUGUGCAAGACGUAACUGAUCGCACAUGGACGCAGAAUCCAAUCAUAGAACAACAACACAGAACAGUUUCUUCAAGUGUUGCUGACGAUGUAACUAUUGAGACUUUCGAUUGGUUUUGCAAACAAGGGAAGUCGAGAGAAGCUGUAGAGGUUUUAGAAUACUUGCAAAAUAAUGGUUAUGAAAUUGGUUUGAAUAGACUUUUAAGGUUAGCGAAACUAUGUGGUGAAUCAGAAGCUUUGAAAGAAGCAAAGGUUGUUCACCAGUGCAUCGUUUCUCUGGUUGAUCGUUCUCAUGUUAGCUCUGGUAACACAAUAACCGAGAUGUAUUCUUGUUGCGGAUCUCUCGAUGAUGCGUUGAAAAUUUUUGAUGAAAUGCAUGAGAAGAAUUCGGAGACUUGGUGUGUUAUGAUGAGGUGUUUUGUCAACAACGGAUACGGUAAAGAAGCAAUCGAUUUGUUUACUCGUCUCAAACAAGAAGGGAACAAACCAAAUGGAGAGAUAUUCGAAGAAGUCUUCUCUGCAUUUGCUUUGACAGGAGAUGUUAAUGAGGGAUCUCUGCGCUUUGAAGCCAUGCAGAGAGACUACGGAAUCAUGCCUUCCAUGGAACACUAUCAUAGUGUUACCAAGAUGUUGGCAACAUGUGGUCACUUGGACGAGGCACUGAGAUUUGUUGAGAAAAUGCCGAUGGAGCCAAGUGUUGAUGUGUGGGAAACAUUGAUGAAUCUUUCCAGGGUUCAUGGAGAUCUUGAGCUUGGCGACAGAUGUGCUGAGCUGGUUCAGAAGUUGGAUGCAACAAGAUUGGACAAAGUUUCAAGCGCAGGUUUGGUAACAACAAAAGAGGAACCAAACCAUCGGGACUCUAAACAAUGUUAUAAGUUGAGAGCAAAAGAUACUUCACAUCCAGAUAUGGAUACAAUCUGUGAGACACUAAAGCAUUUGCAGUCUCAAAUACUGGAAAUGGGUUAUGUUCCUGAUUUAGGGAAUUAGCGUAUCGUAAUGAACGGUUGAAGAAAGGGGAAUGAAGAAGAACGGAGUUUCGGUUACAAAGAGGAAGUCGCGUUCGUUAAGGGGUUUCUUAACUCAAUGCCUCGAUCUUCAGUCACUGUGAUAACAAAUAUUCGCAUUUGCAAGGAUUGCCAAGUGAAGGUAAUGUCAGUGAUAACUGGCAGAGAACUGAUUAAGCGAGAUUCAAAGAGAUACCACUGUUUCAAUAAAGGAAAAUGCUCGUGCAACGAUUACUGGUGA